AUGGAGCCCAGUGCCUGCAGGAUGCCUCCACUCCUCUCCUGCAUCCACUCCCUGCAACUUUGGCAUCUCCUCCUCCUGGUCUCAGCUGUCCCUCCUGCUGGCGUCUGGUCUCUUCGCUCUCGGGGCCCGGCGGCUGCUCGACCUCUCUGCACCCGUCGGAGCUCCUCAGCUCCGCGGCCCAUUUGCAUCUGGGACAGGACCUCAGUGCCAGAGAGGGAUUCUCGCUUUGCCCUGCCCCGCCAGCGGGCCCCGGCACAGCAGGCAGGAGAGCUGCGGCACGUCAUGAGGCUGCGGCGCCAGGCGCCGGGGGCUCGCCCGGCCACCCCCUCUGGCUUUGAGGACGGAAUGCCUUCCUCCCAGUACCCCUGGGCCAUUGUUUGGGGCCCCACAGUGUCAGACGAGGACGGAGGAGACACCAACUCAGCCAACCCAGGCUUCCCGCCGCUGGGAUACACCUUCGUGUCGCCACACGGGAUGGCAACGGCGCAGCCCAACUCCCACUCGCUCCUGCACAAUGCGGGGCUCAACCUGCGAGAGACGCCGGCCACCCUGCGGCCCUUCUUGUUCGGGCCCCGGGGGGAAGGUGUGGACCCACAGCUGUACAUCACCAUCACCAUCUCCAUCAUCAUUGUCCUGGUCGCCACUGGGAUCAUAUUCAAGUUUUGCUGGGACCGUAACCAGAAACGCCGGCGGCACUCCGGGCAACAGGGCGGUGGCAGGCAGCAGGAAAGCCAGCAGCCCCUCACGGACCUCUCCCCCACCACCAUCAGCAUCCUGGGGCCCUACAGUGACUCCCUGGCCCCCACACCCAAGGCAGAGGAGUCCAGGCAGGGCCAGGAGGGUGUGGAGAAACUGGGGGACCACAGGAAAAGCACAGCCUUCCAGCUCAACCGAAUCCCACUGGUGAACCUGUGA